CGUUGCUAAGCAACGAUUUAACUAAUAAGACUUUUUCGCGUUCUUUCUUUGCUGGUAAAGGAGAUUUUUGCAUUUCUCUUUGCAGUUGCAAGAAAAGUCAAAGCGCUUCGAAUGUGACGACGGAUUUCCAAAAAUACGGGGAGAAUAAUGGCUGGACCAGGUACGCUAAAAAAUACUAUGAGGGAACGAGAAUUUCAAGUCGAGACUAUGAAAUCGGGUCGAUCGAUCAAAAGAAAUCCCGUCGUCGCUGCUGAAAGAGAAGGAUACACCGGCAGGAGACAGAGGACCAAUCGUUGUUCGUGCCAGCGGCUUCCACCAGUUCCUAAGAGAAAUGAUCCGGCACCCGUUCCCUACCCUCCUGCCCACGACAAUUAUAUCGAAUUUAAUGCUAAACAUGUGGAGGGAACUCAUUGCCAUGAGCCGAAAUCACAAAUAGUUGAUUCCAAAGAUGGACACGUCAUGGAACUGGAGAAAUCGGGGCUUAUUCCUCAUUAUACUACUAAAUCGACUUUCGGCCGGAUACCCAAUUAUCUGAAAAACGGCCAUUCCCAGCAUGCGGAAACGUCAAGCGAUUGUCAAAUGGAACCAAAGACAACACAAGAGCGUCCCAAAGCAGCGCGGCCUGUCAACAAGGAGAUAGCGAGACUUCAGCAGCGCUGGAUCGAGCUCGAGAAACGCCUGGGAUUAAUUAGCUUUUCACGUCCGGAUAAACGUGAGGCUAUCGAGGACGAAUUGCGUAGCAUUGAGCUAACUCUUCGCAUGGCCGCCUCCAGUUAACGGUCUAUCCAACUUCGUUGUUAGAGCUUGAGUUGCUGGGACAACACGAGAAAUAUCUUCCUUUCCUGUAGCAGUAUUGUACCACCUGUACAUUACGUUGGUGGCGUGUUAACUAGGAAUUCAACUAAAGACGAAUAAAAACAUGGUUCAAUUAAAUAAAAGAAGUGACAUAUAA